AUGACAGGACAGGUCAGUAAGGAAUGCCCAAUAUGUUGGGAUAGCAUGGCUGACAAUGUCGCUAAGCUGAUACCAUGUCAGCAUGAGUUCCAUCUGUCCUGCAUCCGAAAAUGGUACCAUUCUAGAAUUAGUGAUAGAACAUGUCCUAAUUGCAGAGUAGAGAUUCGAGAACUCAUUGAUAUGGAUCAUAAUGUGAAUAUAAAUUUGACACUGCAAUUAGACCUAAUAUUCGAUGGUUUAGUGGAUAAUAUAGGGGCCCAAUUGAUGAAUAUGAACAUACGUGAUGAACAGAAAAUAUAUCAGGAGCAGAAUAUUGUGUUGGAGUCAGAGACACAAGAGGUGCGUUUAAUGCUGAUACAAUGCCAUAUCUGUGGGGAUUCAGACGCUGAGGUUGACAGAUGUUGUAAACAUUGUCAAAAUAUGUAUCAUGCAGGUUGCCUUAGACAGCUGAGUGCUGAGGUGAAUGAUAAUACAGAAUCGAGUGGAGGUCAUUGUGCAUAUUGUCAUGAACAACUAAUUCCUUUGAAUAUCGGUACAAGAACAAGAAUAUGGAAUCCUGUUGAUACAGAUAUAUACCGCGGUAUGAUUAGGAAUAGGAAUAGUAUACUAACUGAAAUUCUUUACGAAAGUAGUCAGUCCGCGGCUGUUGGUUCGUCAGAUAUUAAUCAAACGUGCAACCUCGAGAUGAAUGACAUAGAUCACUCUUGGGACUGUAUGGAACGUAAUCGUAAGAGGAAAGAAAUUGCUUACCAGGAAAAAUGUCAAAUUCAGCGACAUGUAAGGGGGAUCCUCGACGACUAUUAUUAUGGCUGCAGGAAGAUUACACGAGAACAAUACACGGAGAUCAAUAGAAGAGUUUCACGAGAAUUAUACGAUUUAUCAGGAGGCAUAUAUCAAAACUUAAAUAUGGAUUACGAUGAACAAGCCAGGAGGCUUAUUAUAAAAGAGGUAGAAAAAUUAACUUAA